UAAAAAUGGCGACGUUAAUCAGGAGCAAGCUUUCUAAUAAACUGUCAAAUGCAGCCACCACUGUCUCCAACAAAUCCCAGGCGAAGGUGAGCGGGAUGUUCGCCAGGAUGGGCUUCCAGGCCGCCACCAACGAGGAGGCGCUGGGCUUCGUAGCCUGCGACGACCUGGACUACGACCACCGGCAGGGCAUGCAGAUGGACAUUUUGGCCACCGACGAGAUGGGAGGCGAGGGCAGCGGAGAAGGAGGAGGGCUGGACGGGGACAGCCACUACCAGAGGGACGGCACCGGGCCACCGCGAUCGGCCUCCAAAGACGGAGGACCGGAGGACGAGCUGAGUGAAGCCAGACCGAAGAUCACCGCGUGGGAGGCGGGCUGGAACGUGACGAACGCGAUCCAGGGCAUGUUCGUUCUUGGGUUGCCCUACGCCAUCCUGCACGGAGGAUACCUCGGACUUUUUCUCAUUAUUUUCGCCGCCGUGGUGUGCUGUUACACGGGCAAAAUCCUCAUUGCCUGCCUGUACGAGGAGGACGAAGACGGACAGCUCGUCCGUGUGCGGGACUCCUAUGUGGACAUUGCCAACGCCUGCUGCGCGCCCAGGUUCCCAUCCUUAGGUGGCCACAUCGUGAAUGUAGCCCAGAUCAUAGAGCUGGUGAUGACCUGCAUCCUGUACGUGGUGGUCAGCGGGAACCUCAUGUAUAACAGCUUCCCCACCAUGCCCAUCUCCCAGAAGUCUUGGGCCGUCAUCGCCACCGCCGCGCUCCUCCCAUGCGCCUUCCUGAAGAACCUGAAAUCCGUCUCCAAGUUCAGCCUGCUGUGCACGAUGGCCCACUUUGUCAUCAACGUGCUGGUGAUAGCCUACUGCCUCUCCAGGGCCAGGGACUGGGCGUGGGACAAGGUCAAGUUCUACAUCGAUGUCAAGAAGUUCCCCAUCUCCAUUGGGAUUAUCGUGUUCAGCUACACCUCGCAGAUCUUCCUGCCGUCCCUGGAGGGGAACAUGCAGAAACCCAGCGAGUUCCACUGCAUGAUGAACUGGACUCACAUCGCUGCCUGCAUCCUCAAGGGCCUGUUCGCGCUUGUGGCCUACUUGACCUGGGCCGAUGCAACCAAGGAGGUCAUCACAGACAACCUGCCCUCCACCAUCAGAGCUGUCGUCAACCUCUUCCUGGUGGCCAAAGCCCUGCUGUCCUAUCCGCUGCCGUUCUUCGCUGCUGUCGAGGUGUUAGAGAAGUCAUUUUUCCAGGAUGGAGGACGUGCGUCCUUUCCAGAUUGCUAUGGAGGCGAUGGACGCAUCAAAUCCUGGGGACUGGGCCUCCGGUGCAUCCUCGUUGUGUUCACCUUGCUGAUGGCGAUCUUUGUGCCACAUUUCGCCCUCCUCAUGGGUCUCACUGGGAGCCUGACUGGUGCGGGCCUGUGCUUUCUGCUUCCCAGUCUCUUCCACCUCAGGCUGCUAUGGAGAAAGCUGCUAUGGCACCAGGUUUUCUUUGACGUCGCCAUAUUUGUAAUAGGAGGUAUAUGCAGCAUAUCUGGGUUCAUCCACUCAAUGGAAGGGCUGAUCGAGGCUUUCAGAUACAACAUACAAGAGUAG